AAUCAAUGCUAGCAGAAAGUAAUACAAUUGUUUAAAACAGAAAGGCAACUUUCGUAAUUAGCAUCAAACACGUUUAAAACCAAACUUUGGUUUUUCAGAAUAAUUACCAGAGUGAGAGCUCUUCCUACCGUUCUUGACUUUGAAGUGGUCCUCGCGGGAGCGAAAACCUGCGCAGCUCUGAUGCGUCACAACAGUGUUAGAUAAUAAACAGGAAAUGUACUUAUAUGUGCACGAACUACUUUAGAUGUGAGCGAAAGAAAAUAAAAAUAAAAACCAUUCAAAUCAACAAUGUGUUGAUUUGUCUCUGAGAACGGAUGUUUGUCAAAAGAGCUGCAAGAAGAAAAAUGUCUUUGCUAAGAUUCUUUUCAGAAAAUGAUAAACAUAAAGGGCUUUAAGAAAUUAGUACAAGGAAGUCAUGGAAUUAUUUUUGAGGAACUUUGUUGGCGUGCAACUUCUUCGAUGUUUGCAUUCUUUUAAAGACUGAAAGCUUCUGGUGAAAAAUAUACAUUCAAAGUCAGUCAGAAAUGAAAAUGUUAAGCAUUGAGAGUUAUGACUCCAAAACUGAAAUUACGAAAGAAAACUUCCUGUAUAGAAAGACAGACGGAAGUUUGAGUUUGGUAUUUUUAAAGCCUGCCUCACAGAUUUCUUCAUCUUUGCUCAGAGGUUCAGCUCUGAGGAGGAGCAGGGAAGAAUGCAGGUCCAGCAGCUGGUGAUUGUCUGGAGCUUCAAGGUUCUCCUGGCAGGAGCAGAAACACCAACAAUCACAUAUACAUUCACUAAAACCUGUGCAGCUGAAGGGUCCACUGUCCUCCUGCCCUGCAGCUUCACUCCAUCAACAGAAGUCAUCGGAGCAGAAGGAAAAGAUCCACGGAAGAUCGUCAGAGUCCUCUGGUGCAGAAAACAUCCCAUCUGUCAUGUAACCGCUCCUUCAGUGUUUGACAGUGAAGCCCCAGACACAGAUUCUCGUUUUCAGUACCUGGGAGACAAGAAGGGAAACUGUACUUUACAGAUCACAAACAUUCAGCUGGAAGAUGCAGAAACGUAUCGCUUCAGGAUGGAAGCUGAAGAUCCUGCUGGACAUUUCACCAACAGAACAGGAGUGACAGUCAGAGUAGAAGAAAAUCCUCUCAUGAGCGUAACAGGAAGUAACGGCUCAGAGGUCAGAGGUCAGACAGUUUCCCUUCAGUGCACCACUUCAUCCUGCACCUUUCAUGGUGUCAGCAUCACCUGGUUGAAAGAUGAUCACGCCCUCCCAGAGACUGGCCCCACCCUUCAUCUGGGCCCCCUGACUGCAAAGGAUUCUGGGAACUACAGCUGUGCUCUGGGGACCAAAAGGCGGUCGGGUCUGUUCAGGCUGCAGGUGGAGGCUGACUCUGCAGGAGGAACGUCUCUGAUCCUCAGUGUGGUGCUGAAGAUCCUGCUGGUGGUCAUCGCUCAUCUCACUGUGCUCCUCUUCAUCAAAAGGAGGCGAGCUGCAGCUCCAGGACCUCCUCUGGGACCUUCAGCAAACGAAGGAAUCUCCUCACAUCAGAGGAGGCGUUUAAGGAGGUGAAGCUCAAGUCCACAUCCGUCUUUGAGCUCCUGGAGCAGAAAGGUCACCUUUAUGCAGGAGUGUCUGAUGAUAAACCUUCAAGAAAUGUUUAAAAACUGCAGCUUCCAAAGAUAUUUUGUUUUUUUUUUCAACAGUUGCUCAAAAAGAAAAAUGUUCAGCAUUAAAAUAAAAAUGUUUUUGGCUUUGGGUUUGUCUCCAGUCUCUCUGUCAAAUGUUUUUAUUUUUUUUAAAACAAAGUGAUUAAUUUGUUGUUUCUGAACAAAGAACAGAAAUGUGUCAGUAAAAAAGUGAA